AUGAUCAAAGAUUUAUUUUUCACAGAAAAAGACGUUCAAGAGCAUUUGCGAUGUGUUUAUGGAACACUAGCACUCGGCUUAAUCGCUGCGACUAUUGGAGCUUGGUUGCACUUAUUUACUGAUUUUCUUCGGACAAAUUUCUACAUUUCUUUCGGAUCGAUUUUGCUAAUGUUAAUGCUCUUGAAAACUCCACACACUGCUGAAAAUGAACGUAAACGACUUGGUUAUUUCUUCGGUUUUUGUGCUCUAUCCGGUAUUAGUUCUGGGCCACUCAUCGAAAAAGCUUUAAUAGUAGAUCCGUCUACUAUUUUUACUGCUUUUCUUGCUACUGCAGUAAUAUUCGGCUGUUUUACCUUAGCAGCACUUCAUGCACCAUCUACAAAGUUCCUGCAUCUUGGAGGACUCAUCAGUUCCGGAUUGCUAUUUGUCGUGAUUACUGCUUUCUUCUCUCGUUCCGCGUUUAUGAAUACGGCUUGUUUCUGGUUAGCAUUUGUAAUCAAUUGCGCUCUGGUACUCUAUGAUACGCAACUGAUUUGUGAGAAGCGUCGCCGUGGUGAUACAGAUUAUGUGUGGCAUACAGUGGAACUCUUUAUUGACUUCGUGAACCUGUUUAACUAUAUACUGGUUCUCAUCAAUGAUAAAAAAGUUGGAUUUUGGGAAUUUUAA